CGUAAAAGAAACCACUUUGGCUUGUUUAAGCUUGAAAUUUCGCUUGUAAAUUUGUAGUAGAUCUUGGAGGCCACCACUAAAUAUCUUCUGACACCAUGUUACGUUAAGCUGUAUAACGAGUAAACACUAUUUGGGCCUCUAAACGGGUGUUUAAUCUUAGAUAACUACAAACAUGGCGGACUACACAAAGGCACCCAAUUCCCACAGGGAUCCCAUCUCUAACACAGGAAUCCCACUACCGUUACAGCUGUGGAUUUGUAACAUGGUGGAAUUUCCUUUUGUCAUUAGACAAAGCGUGUUCAACCGCAUAGGCCUGAACCAAUCCUACGGUGAAGCUAUGCUAUUGGACUUCUUUCUACGAUCAAAUGGAACGUUAAAAAUUGCAGUAUCACAUAGAUGUAUUUUUUCUAAAAGCCAAUCGAUAGACAAACAAUCAUCUGGGACUAAACGCCAAGUGAAUAUGGAUUACGGCCUUCUAGGACAUAAUCACAAUAUUCUGCGAAUUGUGAGACAAGACUCGAUUACUUGGACCAAAUGCUCGUCAAAUAAUUCUUCUUGUCCUGACAUCCCAGAAGAGCAGAAUAAAGUAGACAACAUUCUGUUGCCGUAUUGUUGUAAGACCGCGUUAAAUCAGAUCUUGAUGCAUACCGUCGAUGCAUUGAAUCAAAUAGGGACCGGGUAUCGUGUGUGCUUUGGCACAUUACUGGGAGCCAUUCGAUCGAAAACUAUAAUCCCGUGGACGCAAGAUGUAGACAUUUGCUUAAAGUCUGAACACUUUACAACACAAACAUUUGAAAAACUAAAGGAGUUAUUAUUGCCAAGUAACUUUUCAUUGGCAUUUCUUGAAAGCAUGCAUCGUGUAGUUCCUCUUAACGCUUUUGUUAAACAUUUAUCCAACCAUUCUCUUGUAACCGAGUCAGACCUGUUUAGUGAGCAAGCUCUUCAGUUCAUGCAAGAAAUGCUUCCAGUUCCUGCCCCUUUGUGGUUACGCUUUACAUAUGCUGACUUAUAUAAAUAUGACAAACUCUUCAAGAACAACGCAAUAAACGUUACUAUAGAUGGCUUAGAAUACUGCUCUGGAGAUAAACCCCAUGAAUUACUGCGUGAAUGGUUUGGUAGUAAGUAUAUGUCGACCGAUGAAAACGAUAGGGCUACUUCUCCUACACUUUAA